AUGAGCCGGGCCAGAAGAGGUAUGGACAUGGCUCACGCCUACCCCCUGGGACAUGGUCGAGGCCUCCAGGCUGAGGACAGAGCAGAUGAGAAGGUGAAGGCAGGGACGGGGGAAGAGUGUAUUUCGCCUCUCUACGAUGCAGGCGUCUCCAGCGGGGACUCGAGUUUGUGGUUCAGUCGAGAGAGUGCUUGGGAUAUUUCCAAAGUUGUCCAGGGAAAAUAUCCUGGGGGCCUCAGGAGAAGGCGGCCCGGGCAGCUCCAGCGGACCUGGGGUUGGGGGGCCAAGGACAAGUGUACUGAGGAGGGUGCGGGGGACGCGGAGCGGGUCGCGCGGAGCAGACGGACAGCAGUCCGCCCUCAUCCCGGCGGCGGCGGCGAGAGCGGUGUUCUUGGCGCUUCCUGGCCGCGCUUCUCCCUCAGGCUGGGCGAAGAGAAGAGGCAGCGGCGGCGGCGGCAGGAGUCCACCUCGGCCGAAGAGGACAUCAUUGAUGGAUUUGCCAUGACCAGCUUUGUCACUUUUGAAGCGCUGGAGAAAGAUGUAGCACUUAAGCCUCAGGAACGCGUGGAGAAACGCCAGACCCCUCUGACCAAGAAGAAACGAGAAGCACUUACCAAUGGCUUGUCCUUUCACUCCAAGAAGAGCAGACUCAGCCACCCACACCACUACAGCUCAGACCGGGAAAAUGACCGCAAUCUCUGCCAGCACCUCGGGAAGAGAAAGAAGAUGCUGAAGGGACUCAGACAGCUCAAGCCAGGGCAGAACAGCUGCAGGGACAGUGACAGUGAAAGCGCAAGUGGAGAAUCCAAGGGCUUCCACAGGAGCAGCUCUCGGGAAAGGCUCAGCGAUAGUUCAGCUCCUUCCAGCUUGGGAACAGGCUACUUCUGUGACAGCGACAGUGACCAGGAAGAGAAGGCAUCAGACGCCAGCUCUGAAAAACUCUUCAAUACCGUUAUUGUAAACAAAGAUCCGGAGCUCGGGGUCGGCCCACUCCCAGAACACGACAGCCAUGAUGCGGGGCCCAUUGUCCCCAAGAUAUCGGGUCUAGAGAGGAGCCAGGAGAAGAGCCAGGACUGUGGCAAAGAGCCCAUCUUGAGCCCGUGGUGCUUAAAGACCCCUGUCCUCAGCAGCCUGAGCCUCAACAGCCUCAGCAGUAGCAGAAGCAGCACUCCAGCGAAGACUCAACCCGCGCCCCCUCACAUCUCCCACCACCCCUCAGCCUCCCCGUUCCCCCUGUCACUGCCCAACCACAGCCCCCUGCACAGCUUCACACCCACCCUCCAGCCCCCUGCACACUCACAUCACCCCAAUAUGUUUGCCCCUCCCACUGCUUUGCCUCCUCCACCACCUCUGACAUCAGGGAGUCUGCAGGUGCCCGGACACCCGGCCGGGAGCACUUACUCAGAGCAAGACAUCUUGCGCCAGGAGCUGAACACGCGUUUCUUGGCCUCUCAGAGUGCUGACCGUGGGGCCUCCCUGGGCCCCCCGCCCUACCUGCGGACCGAGUUCCACCAGCACCAGCACCAGCACCAGCACACGCACCAGCACACGCACCAGCACACCUUCACGCCCUUCCCCCACGCCCUCCCGCCCACCGCCAUCAUGCCGACGCCAGCACCGCCCAUGUUUGACAAAUACCCUACAAAAGUUGACCCAUUCUACCGGCACAGUCUCUUCCAUUCUUAUCCUCCUGCCGUAUCGGGCAUUCCCCCUAUGAUUCCGCCCACUGGCCCUUUCGGUUCACUGCAAGGAGCAUUUCAGCCGAAGACGUCCAACCCUAUCGAUGUUGCUGCCCGACCUGGGACAGUCCCACACACUCUGCUCCAGAAGGACCCGAGGUUGACAGAUCCUUUCAGACCUAUGUUAAGGAAGCCAGGGAAGUGGUGCGCGAUGCAUGUCCACAUCGCCUGGCAGAUCUACCACCACCAACAGAAAGUCAAGAAACAGAUGCAGUCAGACCCACACAAGCUGGACUUUGGACUGAAGCCUGAGUUCCUGAGCCGGCCUCCAGGCCCCAGCCUCUUUGGAGCCAUCCACCACCCCCACGACCUGGCACGGCCUUCAACUUUGUUCUCUGCCGCUGGUGCUGCACACCCAACUGGGACCCCUUUUGGGCCACCUCCUCAUCACAGCAACUUCCUUAACCCUGCCGCUCACCUAGAGCCUUUUAAUCGGCCGACUACGUUCAGUGGCCUGGCAGCAGUCGGUGGCAAUGCCUUCGGGGGACUUGGAAAUCCUUCAGUUACACCCAACUCAAUGUUCGGCCACAAGGAUGGCCCCAGUGUGCAGAACUUUAGCAAUCCUCACGAGCCCUGGAACCGGCUGCACCGAACGCCUCCGUCGUUCCCGACCCCUCCGCCCUGGCUGAAGCCAGGGGAGCUGGAGCGUAGCGCGUCCGCUGCAGCUCAUGACAGAGAUAGAGAUGUAGAUAAACGAGACGCACCUGUUAGUAAAGAUGACAAAGAAAGGGAAGGCGUCGAGAAGAGACACUCCAGCCACCCUUCACCAGCACCCGUCCUCCCGGUGAGCACCCUGGGCCACAACCGCAGCUCAACCGAACAGAUCAGGGGUCAUUUGAACACUGAGGCGCGCGACAAAGACAAAUCCAAAGAGAGGGAGCGAGACCACUCGGAAUCUCGCAAGGACCCGGGCGCCGACGAACACAAGGCGAAGGAGGGCGCCCUGCCUGAGAAGGACGGCCACGGCCACGGCCACGAGGGGCGCGCCGCGGGCGAGGAGGCCAAGCAGCUGGCCCGCCGCGAGGCAGAGCCGCGCAAGGGCGAGCCGGCCUACGAGAACCCCAAGAAGAGCGCGGAGGUCAAGGUGAAGGAGGAGCGCAAGGAAGACCAUGACCUGCCCCCUGAGGCCCCGCAGACCCACCGGUCCUCAGAGCCACCACCACCCAGCUCCUCGGCCAGCGUGCACCCGGGGCCCUUGGCCUCCAUGCCCAUGACCGUGGGGGUGACGGGGAUCCACCCCAUGAACAGCAUCAGCAGCCUGGACAGGACUCGCAUGAUGACACCUUUCAUGGGCAUCAGCCCCAUCCCGGGCGGAGAGCGCUUCCCAUACCCGUCUUUCCACUGGGACCCCAUUCGCGACCCCUUGAGGGACCCCUACCGAGAGCUUGACAUUCACCGGAGAGACCCGCUGGGCAGGGACUUCCUGCUGAGGAACGACCCUCUGCACCGGCUCUCGACACCCCGGCUGUACGAAGCUGAGCGCUCCUUCAGGGACCGGGAGCCCCACGACUACAACCACCACCACCACCACCACCACCACCCCCUGUCCGUGGACCCGCGGCGGGAGCACGAGCGUGGGGGCCACCUGGACGAGCGGGAGCGCCUGCACAUGCUCAGAGAGGACUACGAGCACCCGCGGCUCCACCCCGUGCACCCCGCCUCCCUGGACGGACACCUGCCCCACCCCGGCCUCCUCACGCCGGGGCUCCCCAGCAUGCACUACCCCCGCAUCAGCCCCACCGCGGGCCCCCAGAACGGACUCCUCAACAAGACCCCCCCGACGGCGGCACUCAGCGCGCCUCCCCCGCUCAUCUCCACGCUGGGGGGCCGCCCCGUUUCCCCCAGGAGGACUACCCCUCUGUCCGCGGAGGUCAGGGAGCGGCCUCCCUCCCACACUCUGAAGGAUAUCGAAGCUCGGUAAGGAGAGGACAGGACACAGGGAGGAGAGGGCCCGCGGCCGCACAGCGCCGGACUCCGGAAAGAGCGAGCGCGAGGGCCGCCAGCGCCCCGAGCGCAGACUGGGGGGGCGGGGCGCCCCGGCCCUUCCCCUUGUAAAAAUGUAUAGACUCAGUGCAGAUUUUGAAAUGUUUUGUAUAUGCUCUGUUGAAAUUUUUCAGAUCUUUUAGCCAAGUCCUAUGUUCCCAUGUCUUCCCCACUCUUUUGGUUUCCUGUAUAAAACUUUUUGAUUUGAACCAAAACAGUAAAGAGGGUAACACUCACCAGUGUGGUGAUGAUCGGGGUGAAAAAUCAAACAGUCCACACAAUCCACCGUGCAGAGCUCUUUCAGACGAGAAGGAAAGGUCAUGUACAUAGUUAUGUAAAAAAAAAAAAAGAAAAGAAAAAAAAAGAUUGCUUCAUGAGCUAAUGGUUCAUAUAUGCAAAAGGGUAAGAUGAAAGCUUUACUUUGUACAGAUGUAAAUAGAUAAAGAUUAAGUAACAUAAUACAUUAAUACUUCUUAAAAUGUGCUAUUUGCAGACUUAAUACCAGUGAGCACAGUCUGCUGUGUUCCCAUGUAUUGUUCUAGACAGCUAAACCCUUCAACUAUGCAAUGAAUGUUAGGGCUUUUCACAAAAGCCCGCCUAACUCAAAGGAGCCUUUUCAAGUCCAUUUACAACAUACUUAAGGUCAUAUUUUCCCUGAACAAGCGCUUACGUGAUAUGACUCUGUUUUCCUUGCUUGUUUUUCAAACGGAGAAACACCCGAUUUUGCAAAUCAGACCCCAGGCUGAAACUUCGCUUCUGAAGUUGCUGCUUGUGGGCCUUUGGCGGUGGGGGGAGAGUGCAGCCCCGGAAAGGUAACCGAGGACGUGAACAACCAGUGCCAGGGAGGAUGGGAGUGGUCAGAUGCCAGGAUCAGGGGACACAAACAGGUGGCCAGCAUCUCGUCACCCUCAGUCACGUGACUGCACACACACCUCAUGUGGGAACCAUGCGUUUUUUUCAGUGUGUCCUGUUUCCUGUCUGUACACACCUCCUCGUUUUGUAAUGAGAUUCAAUUACACCCAAACAGAUCCUGAAAGAAAGCUUCGCGUUUUCUCAGAUGAUGGAUAUGUUUUCACUGUAUUCAAUAGCUGACGAAGUCAAGGUGCACAUUUCCUAGUGUGACUCAUCGUAUUCCAGGCGGUAAUCGAAUCUGGGAGUAGCUGAAACAGGUCAACCUUGGGGGGCCAGGGAGAGUUACCAAGGGUGAAAGGUGGCAGAGACACGGUCUUGUGUGUGCGGUGUGUUUUUGAGUUUGCAUCAAUCUUAAUGUCUCUUCAUGAUACUUUUAUAAUACAUGAAGCCUCUUGUCUACAUAUUUGGAGAGAAUAUGACUUUACUAGCAGAGAAAUACAAUAUAUCUUGUCUACUGGACUGUAAAAUAUAUGUAUGAAAUAAAAUUAGUUCCAUUUGGUCUUCUAGUAUAUUAAAGUGCUAUCUGACAUUGUUAUCCUGUUUUUGCAAAAAAAAAAGUUAACUACAGACCAUUGUUUCUAAUAAGCAGAGAGAUCUAUUUUAGUAGUCAACUGAAGGUUUAGUUGUGAGCUUCAGAUUUUGUGAAUUCCAGAUGUUGUGCAGUGUUUUUGUUUUUUUUUUUAAGACAACUAAAAAGGAAAAAAAAAUCCAAGGAAUAUGUACACUGGAACUGUAGUGGUAGCUUUCAGUAUUGUAAAGAGAUUGUUCUAUACAGACCUUUUUGCUGUUUCUCCUGUAUGUAAUAAAGUCCUUUCUAGAUCCUAUGUGAAAAGAAACGUGAACCGACUUGAGUCUUCAGCAUGUUCUCAUCGGCGGAGCCUUCUUGUGUUAUGUAAACUGUGCCAUGUUAUUAAAAAAUGUGAACUAA